CUGUCUGUCUGUCCCCAACCAAUCCAUAGCCUUUAGCUCUCAGUCUCCAGGUUUCCAGCCACCACCCAUUGGGCCGCUCCCUGCUCAGCACCGUGUCAGCGGCAAUGGCACGGGAAGGUGGAUGGGGCUGUGUGAGAUCUGAGCUGGGCGCCAGGUCCCCUGGCUGACCCCUUCCUGCCCCGAUGCCUUGCAGCUCUACACUGACCCAGGUCCGGUGUGACACAUGGGUGAGAGAGUCACAGCCACGGCCCAUCCCAUGCACCGGGCAUGGCCAGAAGGGAUCAUUAGCUCAUCCAGGCUGAGCUCCCGAAUGACCUGGGCAGGGAACUGCACCCAGCAACCUUUCAUCCAGUCUAGCAGGGGCUGGCAGAACCGGGAUGCGGCUUUUCAGUCAUGGCCGCGUUUCUUUUCUGGCUGCCUGGGCAGCAGGACUAGGAGAUGCUGCCGGCCAAGGCAGCAGCCGGGGACACUGCCAGAGCAGGGAAGUUGGUGGACAGAUAUUGACCUGCCCAGAGAAAGCAGCAAUAUCCCUGCGAGUUCAGAGCUGGUUCCCAUCCCCCUGGCGAUUCCCCUGCCACUGCUCCAGGAUCUUCCCUUCGCCUGGACCUGGAGUUGCCCUUGGAUCCCCUGAACCAGCUGGGGGUGGGAGGGCAUAAGGACAAGGAGGAUGCUAGAGCAGAUGCCGAAGGGGUUAGGGACUGGACACAGUGUAACACUGACAAAUGAUCUGACAUGGGCCAGAUGCAAGUUUUUAAUUGCAGCGUAGACAUAACCUUAGAAACUGCAAGCUGCUUCCACGGCAACCAACUUUCUUUGGCAAAAUGGUCCCUGGGCUCCCCAUAAAAUGGGAGCCACUGACAGCUCUGACUCAUUCCCCUUCCCAGGCACUCUCCGUGCCCCCACCCUCUACCUGAGCUUGAUGUCCGCCCGGCAGGGGGACUCCCUGCUGCUCCAGUGCUCCGUGUUCUCCCAGGCCCCUGCCACUCGAGUCAUCUUCUGCAAGGACGGGGAGGAGGUUUUGUUUCAGAUGGGUUCAGAGGAGAAGAUCACUUACGUCUAUAACCAUACGGUGUCCAGUGACAGCUCUGGGAAUUAUGCCUGUGGCUACGAGAUCAAGGACAAGAAUAAUCGGGUGAUCAAAUCCCAGCUCAGCCCUGUUAAGCACCUCAGUGUGACAUGUGAGUCAGGGCUGGAUCUAAAGCUCCUGUUGGGAAUUACAAUCCCUGCUGUCCUGGUGCUGGCUGUGGUGCUUUAUCUGCUGGGAAAGAAAGGAAACGUGUCCACGCCUCUGAUCACAUUGUCUAACUGCCUUUCAGCCAUGUCUCUACCAAGGAAUCAAAGGUCUGUGCAUGAGGUAGCUGUAGCGUUUUCCCGCCUGCUGGGGAGAGCCAGGCAGCAGGGACGCCCACGCCUCGGUGGAUUGGCUGGGAAGCUCCAGGCAACCACUGCCCCAGAGAGAAGAGACACUGAUAUACGCGGACAUCAAUCUGCAGCGGGGCAGAUGUCAUUAAUGCUCCACUUGCUGAAAUGUAGGACUCAGUGUGCAGCUGCAUCACAGAACCUCCCAAAAUCAGAGGCAACUGUAGGGGCCGUGCAGCUAGGCAGUGGGGAUCCUUCUCUGAGGCCACACCUGGACAAUGCAGUGUGCCCAAAGUGAUGCAUGAAAAAAUGUUUCUGCUGAAUAAAAUUGGGGAAA